AUGUCCGAACAGGAAAACCGGAGCAUAUUAGCGACGAAAGGAAGCAGCGAAUCCAUGGUCAAAGGGAAUCAUGCAGAGGGGGAGCCCGAGUUACUCCAGGGGAUAAGCAGCGAGGGGGGCGAAAACAAGGCGAGCCACUCCCCCAAUGAGUCGCGUCUCCCACAUGAGGUGGCUCGACCCAAGAGUCACAGCGCAAGGGUAGCACAGCCCAACAGGAGCAAUGUGGCGAGUGACAAGCUGAAGACGAGUCUAAGUGAAGAUAAGAGGGACAAAAAAUACACCAACAUUCUGUAUGACGAUGGAAACCCAGAAAUCACCUUCUUUGUAAAUAAGGAAAAUUUAAAAAUAGCGAAAUAUGCGUGGAGAGUGGAAAAUCCAAAGGCAUAUGUAUUCGCCUUGCAUGGAAUCACAUCCCACUUGAGAAAUGAGUACCUAAAUUUUAUGGGUAGACCAUCAUGGGUUGAUGAGAGGCAGCAGAAGGGGGAAAUGGCUAGCUGCGUGGUUGGCGGUGAUUAUGACUUUAUGCAGGGGAGCAAUUUCUCCUGCUGGGAUUCAGCCCUGUCUGUUAGCAAGUCUGAUGGGAAGGACGCUGAUGGGAGGGAUGCUGAUGGGAGGGAUGCUGAUGGGAAGGAUGCUGCGGGGAAGGACGAUAGUGGGAAGGCUGCUGAUGGGAAGGACGCUGAUGGGAAGGAUGCUGUUGGGAGGGACGCUGAUGGGAAGGACGAUGGUGGGAAGGCUGCGCAGGGGGAAGGGGGCGACAAUUUGGUAGGCCUCCCUGGGGAGGGCACGCCCGCGGGUGCAAGCAGUGGCGCAAAUAUAGGUAACAAUAUGGGCAACAGUGCUGGCGCAAAUAUGGGGAACAUCUCGCACAGGGAUGCCCGAAAAAGCAAGCAGGAAAAAAAAAAGAAGAAGAAGAAGAAGAAAAAGAAAAAGGAAAAGGAGAAGGAAACGGAGAGGAGAAAAAAAAAAGGACCAUCGCACACCCUUGCAGAUGACGGAAGCGCUGUGGGGUGCUCGUUUAACAAAAUUCUGCAGACCAAUUGGACGAAGGACAUGAAGAUCAUAAACGAGACGAACAACAUGCUGUAUGAUUAUUGCCAGCCGAGAGAGUGUGAUGAUGAUGAUGACUCCUCAGGGGUUUCAUCAUCUGGUGACUCCUCCCAUUAUGGGGAGAAAAAAAACCUGGAGAGGAAGCUCACCAUGUUUUUGUCCUGCUCCUCCUGCAUUACCAAUAUAAACGAGGGGUCGAACCAUUUAAAUAGCAAAUUUAACUUUGGGAGUGGGGAGAGCGGUGGUCACCCUGUUUAUCAGAAUGAUAGGGGGGAAGGGGAGGGUCCCCGGGAUGGUGCCGACCGGGGUGGAGACUACCCCAAGAGGAUGAAACUGAACAGUGAAAGCAGCAACAAAGGAAGCGACGACACGAGUAGCGACGACACCAGUGACGACACCAGUAGUGAUGAAGACAUAAUCGAUGAUGAAAAUGUGUUGCUCCCAAAUAAGUCAGACACUCAGGUUAACUACGAUUCUAGUGUCUAUUACUGCUCCAUGUGUGGCAUCUGCAACUACUGCAACUGUGGGGUAAGGACCCUCUCAUAUAAAAAUAGCUGGGUGGAAAAAUUUAACCAAAAUGGGUUCUCUUUCUUCGGGAUAGACAAUCAAUCGCAUGGACUCUCCGAAGGGUUUAAAAAUUACCGGUGCUAUGUAGAGGACUUUGAUAGCUUCAUAGCGGAUACACUGCAAGCGUUAGAAAUUUUUAUUAAAGAGUGGAAAGAAAAGGAUGAGUUAAAGCCAAUUAUCAUUAUGGGCUUAUCUAUGGGUGGCUGUAUCGCUUUGAAAACGAUGGAAGCUAUCUUUCGGCUGAACAAGGAAUGGAAAGGCUACGUCAAAUCUCUCGUUCUGGUCUCCCCAAUGAUCAGCUUAGGGAAACAAAAGAACAAAAUUAGUAAUAGACUGCUCAUUUCCGCUACGAAGUUUUUGAAGUACUUUUUUCCUCUCCUCCCGGUUAAUGUAAAGGAAAGUAAUGCUAGGUACCCUUGGAUUAAACACGACUCAGAAAUUGAUCCCCAUCAGUACUGUGGACCCCUCCGCAUAAGAAUUGCAGCCGAGUGUGUUAGUGCUGCUGAUAGUUGCUUAACUUAUAAGAACUUAAAACACAUUGACGAAAGCGACAUUGACAUUAUGGUGAUUCAGUCGAAGAAUGACUGCUUGGUGGAUCCCAUGGGGGCCGUUGACUUUUUGAGAAAAAUGAUUCGCCUUCACAGUAGGAGAGAGAGACGAAAAAAUGCAUCUAUUUUAGAUGCAGAAAGGAUUCGUUUGGCUAGUUCUGUUUUCUCCAGGGAAAUCAGUGAAAAGAAGAGGGAUUCCGUAGGCCCUAGCGAUUCUACAUUUAUCGGCAGUGCCUACAACCCCGGGGAGGACGACCUCAGUGGUGACCCCUCCUCUGUGGCGCUCCCCCGUGAGAGCAGCACACACAUCGGUGCAGCUGCGCAGGGGAUGGGUCACCUCACCGCCGAUGGGAAGGUCGCCCCUUCGAGAGAAGAAGCGGUGGCGAGCAAGUACAGCGGCAGUGGCUUUACCGCGAAUGGUAGUCACCUCCCGUCGGAGCGGCAGGCACUGCUUCACGACGAAAGGAAGGAAGACCACCACCAGCAGCAGCAGCAGAAGCAGCACCAGCAGCACCCCCCCCCCAUGUUUGCUAAACCCUCCCUGUCCAUUGAAUCCUCCAGCCGAAUACUCCGAAAUGACAGCCACUUCUCCAUGGGCAGUUCCGAGGAUGACGUGAAGGGGGAAAAGGGCAUAUGGACGCCCUUCGACCACGGCUACUAUAAGUCCUUCAAUUUGAAGAAGCUGCAGGGCGUCGGCGGGGUGGCGGACCUCCCGGGGGAGGACCAGUACAAGAAUCUCAGCGUAUACAUUUUGAAGUACGGCUGCCACACGCUUCCGGGGGAGCCCCACAGCCGCGAGACCGUCACGCUGCUGGUCGACUGGCUCAACCGCAUAUGCAGCUGA